AUGCCGGAGCGCGGCCCGGAGCCGCGGCGGUGCUGCGGGAGGAGGAGGAGGAUGGCGGGGAUGCCGUGGAAGUGGCCGCGCACCCGCCUGCCCGUGGGCGCCAGCGCCCUGGGCGUCUUCGUCCUCUGCUGGCUCUACGUCUUCCCCGUGUACCGGCUGCCCGACGAGAAGGAGAUCGUGCAGGGGGUGCUGCUGCAGCAGGGCAAGGCUUGGAGGAGGAACCAGACUGCGGUCGCCCUGUUCAGGAAGCUGCUGGAAGAAUGCUGUGACCCUGGGCAGCUCUUUGCCAUGACAAAGCUGAACUCCCCGAUGGGAAAGAACCUCUGGUUCGACGGGGAAUUUUUAUAUUCUGUCACAAUCGACAAUGCAACUUACUCUCUCUUCCCACAGGCUACACCCUUCCAGCUGCCAUUGAAGAAAUGCUCCGUGGUGGGAAACGGUGGGAUCCUGAAAAAGAGCGGCUGCGGCAAACAAAUAGAUCAAGCAGAUUUUGUCAUGCGGUGCAACCUUCCUCCUCUAUCCAGUGAAUACAGCAAGGACGUUGGAUCAAAAACCCAGCUGGUGACUGCAAAUCCAAGUAUAAUUCAGAAAAGGUUCCAGAAUCUGCUGUGGUCUCGAAAGGCAUUUGUGGACAGCGUGAAGGUGUAUAACCACAGCUACAUCUACAUGCCAGCCUUCUCCAUGAAGACAGGGACAGGACCCUCCCUACGUGUCUAUUACACCCUGGCGGACUUCGGUGCCAAGCAGACGGUUCUUUUUGCCAACCCCAAUUUCCUGCGUGACAUUGGCAAGUUCUGGAAGAGCAAAGGUAUCCAUGGCAAACGGCUUUCCACGGGACUCUUCCUAGUCAGUGCCGCCCUUGGUCUGUGUGAAGAAGUAACAAUUUAUGGCUUCUGGCCGUUCUCGGUGGACCUGCACGGGAGGUUUAUUAGCCAUCAUUACUAUGACAAUGUCUUGCCUGAUUCUGGAUUCCACGCCAUGCCAGAGGAAUUUCUACAGCUUUGGUUUCUUCAUAAAAGUGGUGUACUGAGAAUGCAGCUAGAACCAUGUGGGGACCCUUUAAUCCAGCCUUCUGCCUGAGGAUUGUAGAAGUCGGUUUGGAAGAUCCAAUAGUUUUUAAUUUCCAUGCUCUCCAACAGGGAGUUCUGGUUUAUGUUGAUUGUUUUUAAAGGGAAAGUAAUUGUGGAUCUGCAUGGACCAUAAAAAUGUUACUUGAAGGCCAAAUGGAAUACAUCCUUAAUGUUUAGUGCUUUGUGGAACUGGGAUGGGAUGAAGUGUGUCUUUCCAUCGAGUCCAUUCAGCAGCAGUGUGAAAACAAUGUCAGAAGUAGCACAGCUGAACUUUCCGGGGACGUUUUUAAAUGACGUGAAAAGGGCAUUAAGGCUCGGGGAGACACAGCGCCACUCACAAGCUUUUGCUGACAGUGCCAAAUAUGACUGUCUGUUCAAAAAUCCAUUUCAUUCCAGAUCAGCACCCUGUUUAACUUACCUUUUUCCUUUUUUCCCCCCUCUGUUUGUGUGUGUGUGUGUGUGUGUGUGUGUGUGUGUGUGUGUGUGUGUAGGAGAGAAUGUGUGUGUUGUUUACUUUCUUUGUUUCUUUUCCCUUUUUUGUCCUUUUUUUCUUUUUUUUUUCUUUUUUUUUGUUUUCCCAAUGGAAGGAAAAGGAAAGGCUUAAAAGCCCCAAGAGCUGAGGACCACCAGCUCCUCUGAAGACUCUUGGGAGAGUGCAAGUGCUAAGAAUCUAGUGAGAAGAAUGUCCUAGGAAUGCCCUGCUAGUGGGCACGGACAAACCUACCUGUUGUAGGUUUUAUCGGGACAGUUUAGUUCAUUGCACUUACAGCUGUACUAAUGCUGUACUGUGGGCAAGAGCUGGAUAAGGCAAAUUGGUCUGAAAAUAAAACGUGUUUCAAAACCAGUAGUGAAGUGCAGCCUGGUUUCAGAUGACCUGCUGCAAGAUUUCCACACUGACUUUUGUAGCAGGGAUGGUUCCUGACCUGUUUUACUGUCCAGCCUUAGGGAUUAAUUCUGUAUUCAUUUGCACCCCAGAUGUUUAUUGACAGGGGAUUUGAGGGGUUCAGUGGAAUGCAGAAUGAGGUUCUUCAUUUGCUUAAAGCAGGAAAAUUGCAGAAAUGAAUGUAAGUGUCAUUUAAAAUGAGUCGAAGCUUUGAAAAUCGUUUCUCUGUGUGUGACUCGCUCUUCUGCUCGGAUUGUUACGUUAGCCUUAAAGACUUGUACUUUUCGCGCAAGAUUGUCUCUGGUUAAAGAGAGUCUGAAAAAUAAAACAGCCUUUGGGAGCACUGAAAAGCUGCAUAGCCAGCAAGAAAAAAGGAAAAAAGAGGAUGGCCUGCCCUUACAUAAGUCAGCCUCUGUCCUCGCAGUGGGUGAAUUAUGUCAGUGUGCGCAUUGCACACACACUGCUCCAGCCUGCACAGCGCCUGAAGGACUGUUUUAUUUUGGGUUGUUACUUGGGCAGCAGAUGGUCCUGUGAUCGCCAUGUAAAUGAGAAAUCUUUUUGUUUGUUUGCUUUUGUUUAGCCCUGUAGGACAAGAAGAGAAUACCAGCUCAGUCCAUGGUGCAAUUUCAGCUGCAAGGUGUUAACUCGCCAUUAACUUAAAAAAUCCAGAUCAGUGUUCUCUUUAUUAUCCCUCCAUCGUUAGUAGCUGAAAAUCUAGUCAAGGUGUUGAAACAACAAAUUUCAUCAGGUUUCCCCAACAACUUACUGUGCUGUUUUAGCUCCAAAGUGCCAGUAUUUUGGGGCAUAUGUCCUGUCAUAUGUUGAUAAUGUCUCUCCUUGUAGACUACCAGCUGCAAGUUAUAUAGAAAUAAUUAAAAAAGAAAAAAGGCAAAAUCCAUGGCUCUUCUUUAAAUAUGAAUUAUUCGACUAUCGAUAUAGGAGACUGGGGGGGAAAAAUCAUGCUUUGCUUUUUAAAGCUAUGUUCCAUAAUAAAAUUGGAAUAUGGAUAUUCCAAGCAUAAAGCUGUUUCAUAGGAUUACAGGGCAAUGCUAAAGGGUAACGUGGAGAUUUGGAUUAAAUAGUGUUCUAGAUAUUGUUCUGAUAAAAUCUGAAUGUACCUUUAUAGCCCAUGUUAUCUUUGUCCAUAUUUUUGUUAAAAGUACAGUCAACGCACUGAUGAAACAUCACUUGAUAAUUCAUUCCCUUUCAUUAUGUUUAUUUUAUCUUUGAUGUGGGUACUUGGUGAAGAAGGAUUUGAAAGUAAAUUAUUUUCCUUACUGCUUGUUAUGGCAGAAUUUUACUGAGCUGCCUUUCUUGGAGAAGAAGAGGUGCCUGUAUGGUUUUUAUUGUACACAUCAAAUUUUGCACUUUUUAUUGCUUUAUAGAUGAGAUUAUCUGUGAGAACAACAGUUGAAAUAUGGUGUGCUUAAAUGGCACUUCAACAGGAUGCCAACAUUCCUCAGAGGUGACAGGAAAGGAGUAGAGUAGGGGGGAACUGCCUCUUUGCUGGUCAUUUUUUGGUAUUUUUAUCAAUACUUAGGAAUUCAGUUCUGAAACUCUCUGCCAAUUCUCCAGCCCUUUGAUAAUCCUUUUUUCCAUGUCUUGAGAAAAUAAUUGGAUUAGAAGAACAAGGGAAAAACAUGCAUUUUUGUAGAAAAAUUCUGUCCAGUGUUUCAUAAUAUCUGGCUUGUUCAUGAUGAACCAGUGUCCUGGAUAUCUGAAGAUGAUGUAUUCCCCAAUUCUGUAAGACUGAAUCUGUAGCCUGUGGUCUUUGUGAUUCCCUGUCUGCAGUCCUGAUGUUUGCAAGGAGAUAGCUUCCUAGAAAUUAUGGGAACAGGAGAGACCCAGGCUGUGUGUGAUGUGUGACUGCUGUUGGAGAAAUUGAUAAUUCUGGCUCUAUUCACAUGUAUGUAUAGUGAAUAUAACUGCAUCUUACAAAGGCAACCACCUUUGAUGAGGAAGUAAAGCAUUCAGGGGUAUAUAUUUUUCUAUAACUUCCAGGAAACUGGAAGUUGAGGAAAUAAGAUAAAUAAAUGCCCCUAUUGAGAGAGCAAAAUCUGUUUUAGCUGGCUGACUUGUUGGUCCAUGGAAACACUGGCCAGCAAUCAGUCUUUUGCCCAGCAAGUAAAAAGGGAUGCAGGAGAGCACUGCAAGUCUUUUUGUGGCAAGAGCAGCCAAAAAGACAAAACCAAGCAGCUGUGAACGUGAGUGGCUACUACCUGACAGAAAUGCUGAAGUAAAUAUGCUCCAUCCAUGCCCAGUGUGAGGCUUGUCUUGCCUAAAUCUAGGGGCAGUCCAUGUGUGGGAUCAUAGAUGUGAAAUAUGGCAUUGCAUGCAGGAGCAUAAAGAUGUGGCCACCUUCAAGAGGGAGGUCACGCCAUGAAAUAGGACCAUGCUUCUGCUUAAGGACGGGCACAAGCAAAUACAGGAGGAUAACUGUUAAGUGUGAACCAUGAGGAAUCAACACCUCACAGUCAUGGCAAACUUUGGUGCGAGUGAUUGUAUCCAUCCAGUAUUUACCUAUCAAUUGAUUCCAGUCCAUUGAUGGCAGUGUCCUUAAUCAAAUCUUAUUGCUUAUUUCUUUGAAGUAAAUUGGAAUCUUAAUGUUUACUUUGUUAGUGAAAUUCCUUACUCUAGUGUCUCUGUUUCCACUGUCAGUCCCCGAAUUUCUCUGAUAAUAUAGCUAAAGCUGCACAAAUCUUUGCCAGGUUGAAAGCUACUACGAUUCAUCUUCAAUAAAAACUAGUUCAGACCGGCCAAGUGAUUUGCUAAUGUUCCUACAUAUUGAUUUUAUCAUAGAGCUGACAAGAGACAGAAGUGCUAGAAUCUUUGCUCCACCUGCAUAGGAAGCAUUGCCUCACAUUUAUGAGUAGAAUAAAUUAAGUACCUUUAUAAGAGCUGUACAUCGAAGAUAAUUGGUACUGAAAUCUCUCUAGAUACAAUCUUUUUGGGGCUGUGUAUGUUUUUGAGUAAAUCAAGAUCAGUUUUUGAACUUGCAACAAAACUAUGUAAAACUUUUCCUUCUUGUUGAUUAUGAAGCCUUUGGAGCUCCUUCUGAAACAGACAAGCAAACAGAAACCAGCAAACUAAAAUCAUAGAGAAAAUGUGCAUGUGUUCAUGAGAAUAAAAAAUCUAUGAUUUUGGCACAAACCUUGCUACAGUGCUAAGGAUUCCUAUUCAUGAACAUUGUAUUUUUGCUGAAGGGACCAAGUUUGGGGUGAACCAGCUACUAAAGACAUAGGACUAAGCCUUUGUUACAGCUUAAGUUUUAUAGAAUAUAGAAAUAUUAGCUGUUUUUUUGACUUGACUACCUUUGUAGUUUUGUUAGUUUCCUCAAAGUGAUGUUGUGAGAUACACUGCUAAGUUAGCACCUCUGUGAGAGCUGAAACUAAGUAAAGCAUCUGCUUUUUUAAACUCCAUGUCCUGGACUGUGGUAGUUACGUAAAACCCUUCCUUUAUAUAUCUUCAAGAAAACUAGCUUAAGAUCUGGCUCACCCUUGCCUGUAAUUAAUAAAGAGUGAGGAAACUUUUGAUCUAGAAGUUAGGAUAUUGGAGGAGGUGAAUACUGUCUCACCAUUUGCUACCUGCUCUGACUUCUUCAGCUUGAUGGUUUAGUAAGUAUUGGAAGAAAUCCAGGUUAUAUGAAGGACAGGCAGUUCUUGAAGAGUUGGAUGCUGACAGAAAAAAAAGGAGGAUUAAAUUAGUGGUGUAAGAAAUUGGAGUGUAUCAGUUCUUUAUGAAGAUCCUCAGUGCUUAGCAACUGUAGGACAUUUUCUUCUGGCAGUGUCUGUGAAAAAGGGACUCCCUGGGACUUAUUGAUGCUUUUCUGCAGGAUGGCAGCAAAGCAAAAUGCAAUGAGGAGGUGAAACUGAUUAAACAGAAGAGUAAAUACAGUGGAACAAAGAAUGAUGAUGAAGAAUCUGUCUUUCCCUUCUCUCCUGCCACUCUACCUAAACACAUACAUCAAAUGGACUAACCAGCUAUUAGCUUUAGUCGCUGUGUUUUUAAUGAAAUGGUAUGGUGGAGUUUCCAUUUGCUGAUACUUCCAAGAAAGCAAAAAUCAUUGUCCAGAAAUGCCUAUUCCCCAUCUCCAUGGCUGUUUGAGAGAUGUUCUUAGGGCUGUGACUGUCCUGGUGUGCUGUGACCUCCCUAAUGGGACUUUCUCCUAUUGUCAUGUGGUUCCAUCAGAUUUCCUUCUGAAAUCAUCUGGACUUGUAUUUUGCCCCAAGACAUUUUCCUAAAGGAUCUCUGCUCUAUUCUUCCUGAUGACCAUUCACCUUGGGGAUAGAACUGGGAUUUUAAAAAAUCAACCAUAAGGUAGCUAAUACACUUUGUCAUUUGAACCACUUUUUCUUCUAAGGUGUUGGUAAAUCCAACAACACUUAGCUCCAAAUGGAAUAAUACUUCAUUUAGGUGUUGGUAAUUCCAUCACUGGAGAAGAGAAGGAGGAUGGACAAAGGAUGCAUUUUUCAAAGUGGUUGUUGUAAAAUAACAUCUGUUUCCCUGAAUUCCCAUAUUUUGUCUCUUGGAAUCUAUCAUAUAUUUGACUUUCUGUAGUUUUUUAACAGAACAAUUAGUAAAAGACUUAGUGAUCUCUUUGUUAAAUAUUAGCAAACUCGUUUUCCUAAGUGUAAUGCAAAUGCCUGACAGGAGGCUUAACCUGUCCUCCCUAGCUGAUAUUUCUUUGGCAGCAAUGAGAACUUAAACAGCUACUCAUUCCUCCCUGGUUAUUCAUUUUCAUCAGUUUUUAUUACAGCAGGUUGAGCCCUAGUGUAUUCAGCCUCUUCAGCUUAAUGCAUAUACUUUAAAAUGAAUCACACUCUGUCUUUUCAGCUGUUACUAAAAGGAAAAAAAGAAAAGAAAAAAGUGUUGCUAAUUGAAAAUGGUUGGGUAGGUUCUCAACAAUCAGGAGAGAGAGGCACCACCAGAUUCAGGAUUUUUCUCACCAUUUUGAGGUCUCUGCAGGACUGUGAAAAUACUCCAGCUGUGUCUGUGUGGGUUAAGCUGUGCAGGGCAGAGCAGAAGUUCAAGCCUUUACCCUGGUGGUGAUUUGUUUGGCUGUGACCACUCUGCUGUGGCUUUGCCCAGGACCCACCGGUGCUGCCCUGACCGGGGCUCAGGACCAGGGGAUGCAGUCCAGUGACCAGCUCCUGGAUUGCAGACCAGAUCCCAGAUAAUUACCCAUGGCGUGUUUAGCCCUCUCCUGCUCCACAGUUGGAAGUACUGGCCUUAGUGGAAAUGAUGGCAGCUCAUCCCGUUGGAGACCAGCCUGCUUCUUGCACUGAAACACUUUAAAUCCCUGGCAAGUCUCAGAAGAGCCUAUUAAAACUGCAUCUUAAAUUAAUGUAUGUGUGCUCCCUGCUGCUGUGGAGUGGAUCAGCUUUCUACUGAGCUGAAUGUUUAUCCUAUUUGGGACCCUCCAAGGCAAGUGAACCUUUAGCACUCAGACCACCUGGAAUAUAUUGUGUUAUUUGAUGUCUUCACCUUCCAGUUUAACCCCCCUCUUUUUUUCUUUUAGACUGGAUUUAACUACUGUGAGUAAAUCCAGAAUGAGUUUAUGAAAGCAGCACCAGCAGUAAUUGAUCUCUGGGUUUAUGAAUAAGCUGGUGUUCAAUAAAACACUAAAGUACCUUUUGGAUGGUUCCUGCUGAUUUCUAAUUGUAUAUUCAAUGAAUUGUUUUGCUCAGAUGGGGCCCAUAGCAAAGAUGAGUUGCAUCAUUUUCUGUUUAUUGGAAGGGAACAAUUACAGAUGCAUAAUAUAUUUUAAACUAAAUUCUUACGAACAAGGUAAGGCAUUUACAUAUUCUGCAGAAAGCUUUGUUAUUAUGUGAUUAUCUUGAUAGGAAAGGAAGAAAAUUCACUGAAAAUAAAUGAGCAGAGGAAAAGCACUUUUGAUUAGAACAGCAUAAUCUGGAGUACUGAGACCCAGAUUUGAGUCUCUACUCAGAUGUCUCCAACCAGGAUCUUGCUGUCCUACAGAAGUGCCAUAAUCACAAUUUCUUUUUCUUCUGUGCUUGUAUUUUUGUAGAAAAUGCUUAAACACUUUUUUUUAUGAUCCCUACAUGCGCUGAAAGUAAACAGCCCUUCUUCAGGAGCGCAAGGUUUCCUUUUGGGUACCCAGAGCAUUUAGUAUGCAGAGCAAAACCUACAGAAGAUGUCCAGUUUUCAGGAAGACGCUGUUUUGGAGUAGUCUGGCAGGACUCCUGCGGACUCAUGAGUUGAUUGUUGCCUCUUGAGCUGUAGAGGUCGAGCAGCUGAUAACAGUGUGCUGCACUGACAGUGAAAAAAGGUAUUGUAGCUGCAGCUCUGACUGCUUGAUGUUUCCCUUAUGCAGAGGGGUAUUUCUUUGUUCUGUGAGGGCUCUUCAAGUGUGGAUUUUGAUCCUGCAGAUCAUGGGCUGACUAGCUUUAAAGGCCUGGACUUUGUACUGAAAAUUGCAAUGAGCAUGGAAAUGCCUGGAAAUGAUGUCCUUUAGUGUGUCAUUUGGUCACGCUGCAUGGUUUGGCCUUUUACAAAACAGACCUCUCCGUAUCCAAAAGCCAUUUUAUCUGAGUAUGUGACUUGUAUAUAUGAGGAGGUCACUGGAAGGUGAAUGCCUGAUGCUGCAUAGAGCAAGGACUUCCAAAAAACGCUGUGGUUUUAUUUAUAUCAAUAAUGAAAUCCCCAUUGAGCCAAUAUUGGAUCAGGUCAGCUUUCAAGUGCUCUUGAAAAUCCCACUCCAUAAGCAUUUCCAAGAAUUGUUCAUGCACAGACAGAAACAGUAGAUUUUUUUUUUGUUGUUCGUGCACGUCACCUUGCAUUGAAAACAGAAGGAAGUGUCAAUCAGAGAUCUUACCCUUUUCAGAUGCCUCUGUAGGCUACCUAAAUAAUUUACAGGCACACAGUUACAUAAACAAAACAGCUGAUAGCCUGACGUUUAUAGCUCUAACGCUGGUAGGUAUCUUGAAGAAUUACUUUCAAAUCAUUGAGUGCGAAAAUAAUUGCACAAAUUUUACAUGUGAAAAAGAUCCUUUUUUUUUCUUUUGUUCUCCUAAAAUGAUGAACAUUAUUUUCUCCUAAAAUAACUGAACAAACUAUGUUAGAGUUAUGCAAGAGUUUUCCCUGGGUUUCAAGUUAUUCUGCACCUCUAGCUUUGUAUUCAAGUCCACACUUCUGCAAAGCUGUCUAAAUAAAAGGUCCAAAUCUGGAAAUUUAGACUACUCUGUGUGGUGUUCUUAGAUAAAAAAGUAAAUGUUAUACUCUAAAUUUAGUCAAAAGAAAAAGGAAAAACAAAUUCACAACAGAGGUUCAGAUCUUCUGAAGUCUGUUACUGUUUAUGCGCUACCAUUUAGUCGUGGUGUCCAAAGAACCAGACAAAGAUCAGAAAGGAGGUAAAUACACGAGAUGACUCAGUCUUUCUCAUAAUUGGGACCUACAGUUAUUAACAGAUGUUAGGUCUAUACUCUUUUACUUCUCUUUCCCUCAGUUCUUGUUGUACUGGGGUGAAACCUGUGUUCCCAAGUAGUUUAAAAUCUUUUCUGCACUAAAGUGAACUUUCCUCUGGGCUAUAAGCCUAAAAAAUUGACAGACAUAAGCUGUUUCAGGUUUACCAAUACCGAGUGCAAGCAAGUUUCUAUGCAGCAUUUCACAUCCUCCUAGUACUAAUUACUGUAUUAACUCAGAAUUAAAAGGAAGGCUUUCUUAUUUCCAAUACCACUUGGUCCAGUGUAUUUCCAGUCCUCCUUCCUGUGGUGAUUUCUCUGUCAGGUGAAUGGAGAUUGUAUUUAGCUUAGAUGUUGUAAGAGUUAGUUAACUCAUGCUUGGGAAGUUGAGUGGAAAAAAAAGCCCCAGACAUUUUAUAAAAUAUAAAAGUUUAUCUGUUUUGGACAGUGAAAACAAGCAAAUGAACCACCCUUUCUAUCUGACUGAAUUUAUGCUUUUGUGUUAAAAUCCACCCACAUUGUUAAUAAGUAAAAAAACCCAUUACCUUCAGGGAACACCUGGAGUGUAGGAAAGUGAAAGCUAUGCAUUUUUAAUUGGAAAAGAAGGUUUUCUCCUCUCUGCCCUGCCCUUCAAUUUCUGAGCCAAAUUCUCUACUCUCUUUUACUAUUCUCUAUUCUCACUCUCAAAUCAAUAGAAUUGCUUAGUGUUUAACCAGUUGUCUGUUCUCAAACCUGAGGGAAUUCAUCCUGUGAAAAAUUUAAAUUAAGCUAAUUUUAAGGCAAUGCCAGAUUAUGGGAUUUAGUCAGAGCUAUUCUGUAAACUAUUGAUUUUUUUUUCCCCACAAGUGUAGAUCAUGAGCAGUUUAUGCUAUGUGUUGGUUGGUUUUGUAAGGCGGAUAUCUUACUGCAUUUCAAACUUAUGCUGUGCUAAGGUGUCACAGUCUGAAAUCAAAUCAUGAUCUGUGUCAUGUCCUUGUUUCAGCAAGUUGCAUAGAAGAGAUCCAUGUGCUGCUCCAUCUGUCAAGUGUAUUAUAUGAGCCAAGAGAAAAUGAAAAAAGGAUUUUUCUACAGUGUGGAGCCUCACCGUUGACUGGCUGUAUCUGGGAAUUAGAUAUCCUCAAUUUAUCAUCCUUGAUGGAUCUGAUACCUGCCAGUGUUUCCACUCAUUGUCAAAUAAUUUUGUUAGACUUUAUUGAUGGAAUGGUAUGAUCUUUUCCCUCUGCUUUUCGACUGCAAUUCUUCUUUUCUGAUAGUGUUUGCAGGGAAGAAAUCUUUCUUUAUUCUCUUUUUUUUUUUAAUGACAAUUUAUAUCUAUCAGAUGUUGGUUUUCUUAAAAACGUUGGUCUUAUGCUUUUUUCCUGUGUUAUGCAUAGUAUCUUCUUUUCAAUGAUAUCUCAACAAAUUAUCUUCUUUUUAACCCUUAAAAGUCUUCCAGAACUGAAAAAUUUUCUGGCUUUCUUAAAACCCAGUCUGGCUGUAAGUGUCUUUGGGUUUCAGCCUAAAUUGCUUACAGUCAAGUCUUGAGUCUUUGGAAUGUCUUAGUGCACUCAUAAUCAAUGAGGCAUCAAUAAAAUAGAAAUUAAUUUUCAAAAUUGCUUUCAAACCCAGUGAAAAACAAGAGGUCUUUAAUAAAACCUUUUAGUAAUGGCCUGUAACUACCAUAGUGAUAAAAAUGUUUUUCAUUUUCAUUUUAUGUGUAAUGGAAGUUACAAGGACAUGAACAAAUCGAAUCAGUAUCAGUCCAGUUGUCCUGUUGGUUUUGGUACAUGUAAGUUUUGACCUUACAGUUUUUUAUUUUUUCUUUUAUUUGCAUCUCAGUGAAUACCUCUCAAGUUCUCAUCCAAUACCUAAAUUAUUACUAUGUGUCAUGUACAGGAAUUGGAUUUUAAUUAAAGGUUCUGUUCCACUGGAGAGUUUACUAAUAGUUGCAUUUUAAAUGAAGUAGGGUUUAUACUCUUCUUGAGGGAGAACUGUUUGGAUGAGAAAGCAAGGCAUGAAAAACCACUGCCUGGAUCUCAUCUUGCUUGUGCUGAGUACCUGUGCUGGGGGCAGAGGGCAGCCUCUGGCUCCUGAACCUCUUGGGGCUUUGGGAGCUGCUCUGGGGCUGUAUCUCAUGCUGAGCUGUGGGGCCAGGCUGGCACGGGGGUUUGGGGUAGUCCUUGGGCUUAUUCACAGUCCAGACAAGAGGAGAUCCAGCGGGGCAGCAGAAGGGGAUACGAGCCCCGACCCUCGCUUGGUGGGGGCUGAGCAGCAGCCACUGCCCUCUGCUUCCUGCUGCCUGCUCCCUCCCCGGGAUGUGGCAAGGGGUGCCUGGUGCUCAGACACAGCCAGCCUUGCUGACCCUACUGGGAAGGAGUUUUCAAUCUGAGAAGUAGUCUCCUAGCUGGAAAUGCAUCAAGCAUGGGUAUGUCAUCCCCUGCCCUGCCUUUCUUGGUCCAGAGCAGCUCAGCACCAGAGCUGUGUGCUGGGAGCUCCAUGUUGCAGCCUCCUGGUACCACAGCAAAGCCAAGACAUCAGCUGAGGGAUAAGCCAGCAAGUGUCUGGGCGCUCUUGAAAGGAGAAGAAACUUCCAAGUGCAACAGCUAUAGCAAUCAAAUAGCAACAAGGCUCUUUUUCCUUUGUUGUGGAAGGGAACACAGUGCAAAGCAUUUUUGUGCCACGCUUUAGCCACUUCCAGGUCAAGAGCUAGAAGUUUGAAUGUGCAGUUUGCUGUAAAUUCUGAUAUUUCACCCUGAGCAUAGGAUAGAAAUGUCUUCUAUUUUUACUUAGAGACCUAGAUUAUUGUUUUUAUAUGGUGUGUUGAAGGACAAUUAUGUAUCUAAGUUACCAACUGAAAUAUUGUAGAGUCAUUUUCAUCUUCUCCAAUUUUGGCAAGUUCAAGGUGACGCGGCAAUUCUGCCUUUCUGUUUCUUACUCAUACUGGACACCUGGCUUUAGCCUGUGUUAGUGCUGGUUCCAUCUGGCUAUUUCUGAAAGUUCAAGAGAAAAGAAAACAAACAAAGACAUGAAGGAGAUUUAUGGUGCUUCGAUGUGAUGUUUUUAUAGAGUGGUACAUUGCUCUGAUAAUGAACUGUGAAGUGUAGCAUGUGGAUGAUGAUGAAUGUAAAAGCCUGCAUGUGUUUUUAUUUGAAUGUUGUAUCCAUGACAUGGAUUAUUAGUAUGAGCUCUGUAGUGUAAAAAUACUGAAAAGAGAAAAGAAAUGGAAAGAAGAUAUUUCUAGCAGGUUUUGCAGUGAACCACAUCCUCUUUCAACUAUUUCCCUUUUCAAAACCAGACUCAGAUUUUGGUAACAUGAGCUUUACCAUAAGGAUGGUAACACACAAACUGCUCUCUUCCUAAAGUUAAAUAUACUUCUUUCCAGCACUGUAAGAGAAAAUCUAUUUGCAUUUCCAGCAGAUCAGACUUCUUCCCAGGCAUGGGCUCACUGGGCAGCACUGGCUGGGAGAUCAGUCAGGCUCACUGAUGAUGCCAUGCCAUAUGUUUGCUGCCCACAGAAUCCAAUGGUCUGUUCCUGUGCCAGGAGAUAGGUGACUGUGCUUUGGUACAGUUUGCUGCUUGCUUAUGGCUGGAAGCUGAAGUGCAAACUAAAACGCCAUGAGCUCCCUUCCACUUCUUGCAGGCACAGUCUCAACUUGAGGAAGUUUUGUGCUUGAGUGGAACAGAAAUGGACCAGGCAAAGAUUUUUCGAAAUUAGUAAUUUUACUUGUACCUCAUUGAGGUAUUUAUGAGAGGUCAGUGAUUUCAGGAGGGACCAGCAUUCAUUGUUGGAGCUGCAGGCAUCCAGAAUAUCUGCCCAGCCGUAGGUGACCAGGGAACCCACAGCUGGUUCAUCUCUGGGAUUAUCCCAACUCCCUGGUGUUUUGCUUUGGGAACAAAGUAGGUGAUUUGAAGGCAAGCAGCCCAGGAAGCAUUGCUUUAAAGCUUCUGCUUGCCUCUACCUGUAGUUGCAAGGUCCCUGCUCUCACCUUCCCUGUCAUGCCAUCUGUACAUCUCAGGCCUCCUGCUUUGUAGCUGACCCUGUCUCCAAGCUGGCUAUGAGAGGGGACAAGCCUUCCUCCUGGUGCAGUGCUCAAGAAUCAAUGGUGAUACCAAACCAUAAACCUAUGUUUGGAAGGAGCUCAGUGUUUGGAUAAAACAAGCUGACUUGGGAUCAGUCUGUGGUUUACAGUAAUGCUGAUAUACAAAGCCCAAGUAGGACAGGUGCAAGAUGUCUCCUGUAUCUUUAGGAACUGGGCAUAAUUGCCAUUUUUGCUCUCUCACACAGUAUUUCCAAAGGAGCAAUGUGAUGUGGGAUGUCAGUGUUAGCUGGUGAAUUCUAGUACUUUCAUUUGUGCUCCUUCUUCUCUUGCCCAGUUUAUUGAAAAAUGUGAUGGUCAUGUGGUAGUUCGAUGUCUUGAGGUGAUUUUGAAGUAGAUAAGAAAAUCAUUAUGCCUCUGAGGUUGCGUGAUUCCAUGGAUUUGUCUUACCUCCAGUGACUGGCAUGUAAUAUUUAUUGUACCAUUUAUGAUGUGUGUAAGCUUUACAGGCUGGAUGUUGUGUCAAAAUGACACGAGCACUUGGGUGAACAUCUUGAAUCAUCAUUAUUUUGGCACGCUCAGGGGCAAAGGUACUUGUGUGGAGUGUGUAAAACAUCACAAAGUGUGUUGUUGUUCAGAGUCUUGUGAUUAGGGCUUCGAUCUAAUUCACUCUCCAAUGUAGCAAAUGUUUGCUGUUGGCUAACACUGUUACAAGGUCUAAGGGUUCAUCUUUCUUUGCCCUGCAAUAAUGUAUUUUCUCUUAUGUCAGUAGAAUUUGUUCAUUUUCAAGUAGUGUGUAGUGCUCCUUUGAAGAAUGUCUCCUUUUCAGGUGGUUUCAUGGUGACUGUACCCCAAAAUGUCUAGAUGUCUCUCAAUAGCAAAAAUUGCUUUGUUAUUGAAUGUAUUAUUUAUUAACAUUAUCUCGUCUUUUUCUAGUCACAUUUUACAAAAUAUGCCACAAUCAUAUCAUGUGAUUUUUAUAAGGAAAGUCUUAUUUAUAAUGUUUGUGCAAGUGGAUGGAAACAAAUAACGAUUUUAUAGUAACCCAUGCCUUUUUUCAUAGCUGCAGAGUCUUAAUGAGCAUGAUCAGAAGGGACAGGCUCAUUGUUUCAUUUAAUUUUGAUGGAACUUUUCAAAGAUAACUAUUAUGUUAUUUAUUAUUUGGAUUUAAUUACCUUAACAAAUAAAUAUCUCCAUUUUAAGAAAUGAAAA